AAAAUAUACUUUGUCUUUCUCUCACACAUACUCUCUCUCUCUCUUUCUUGCACACACCCACACACACACCCACACACACACACACGAAAACAAUAUCUCAUUUCUUCUUCAGGGAGCAGCUGUGAAGGAAAUUGGGGGAGGAGGAUGGACACAACAUCCCAUCUUUGUGUUUCGAUACAGGCUAAGCUUUUAGGCCAGCCCUCCUGACUGGAUGGGGGCGGGGGGCGUGGCAUACAUGAAAAGUAAACAUCAGAGACCUGAAGAAGCUUAUAAAAUAGCUUGGGAGAGACCAGUCACCAAGACAGGCAUCUCAAAUCGGCUGAUUCUGCAUCUGGAAACUGCCUUCAUCUUGAAAGAAAAGGUACGAAGAGAGUGUCAGCAGAGGUCGCCUCCAGAGGAGGUGCUGUGGAGACUGAGUGCAUAUAGUACCCUUAAAAUCCGGAGACUGGGGCUUCUCCACGGGUCCCUUCUCCAGCCACCCAGCCCCAAGAUGGUGAUGCUGCUGCUGCUGCUUUCCGCACUGGCUGGCCUCUUCGGUGCGGCAAAGGGACAAGCAUUUCAUCUUGGGAAGUGCCCCAAGCCUCCGGUGCAGGAGAAUUUUGAUGUGAAUAAGUAUCUCGGAAGAUGGUACGAAAUUGAGAAGAUCCCAACAACCUUUGAGAAUGGACGCUGCAUCCAGGCCAACUACUCACUAAUGGAAAACGGAAAGAUCAAAGUGUUAAACCAGGAGUUGAGAGCUGAUGGAACUGUGAAUCAAAUUGAAGGUGAAGCCACCCCAGUUAACCUCACAGAGGCUGCCAAGCUGGAAGUUAGGUUUUCCUGGUUUAUGCCAUCGGCACCGUACUGGGUCCUGGCCACCGACUAUGAGAACUAUGCCCUCGUGUAUUCCUGUACCUCCAUCAUCCAACUUUUUCACGUGGAUUUUGUUUGGAUCUUGGCAAGAAACUCUUAUCUCCCUCCAGAAACAGUGGACUUUCUAAAAAAUAUCCUGACUUCUAAUAACAUUGAUGUCAAGAAAAUGACGGUCACAGACCAGGUGAACUGCCCCGAGCUCUCGUAACUAGGUUCUACAGGGAGGCUGCACCCACUCCAUGUUACUUCUUCUGCUUCGCUUUCCCCCACCCCACCCACCCCUCAUAAAGACAAACUAAUCAACCAUGACAAAGGAAGUUGACCUGAAUACGUAGCCAUGCCCUACCCUGUUACCCUGCUAGCUGCAAAAUAAACUUGUUGCUGACCUGCUGUGCUCGCAGUAGAUUCCAA